AUGCCCGACUUCCCACAUGGAACGCUCCAUUUGAGGCGAGUCUUCGACUCACGGAACUCACCAAUAAAUAACAAAUCAGAGUCAAAAUGCCAAUUGAUUUUGUAAGCCAGUAAUCGAUUAUGUCAUAUCUCCAUUUAGACUCGCUGUAAACACAUUACUUGGCCGUCAGGUCGGCAGGAACCAUGUCGUACUGCAUUGCUCGCACCCUAAACAACCGUAGGUUUACCAAAAUCUUUGACGAAGGUUAUUAUGUUCACUAAAGCGCAUGAUAAACCAGAAGUAAUUAAUUAACCUUUUAGGGGAUUCAUCCGGAAUCGACAUGCGUUUAUCCGCGCCAAAUUGGACAACACAGGGUCUAAAGUUCUCUACUACGAAAUUUGCCCUUUCCCGUUGUGCGACGUCCGAGUAAACAACCAAUUAAUUGUAAGUUACAAAACUGGCAAACUCUGGAUUGCCUAAACUCAAGAAACAAAUUUAUCAAAGGGCUUACUCAAGAGGUAUAAUGAUCGGAAGUCGGUUUCUAAAGUUAACAAAGGGAAUAAAAUGGGUAGGGUAUGCGAUGAGGCGUAAAGAUAUCUAAAAAAGACGAUAUAAGAGGUCCCGCGCAUUCGCUUACAACUAAUUGAUACUGCGGUAAUCACGAUUUCUGAACGACCAAAAAGGAGUUAGGCAUCUCCAAAUCCGGAGGAACGGCUGAUGCGUACACAACCAACAACACAUUGCAAGCAAUCGAAUGACUAAACAAUUAUACUCUCCAAAAUUUUCCUAGCGUCCCACAGUUUCGCUUCAAAAACGCCCAGCCAAAUGCCAGACUACAGCAAGUUAAAAGCGCAGCCACCCGGCCUUGUUAUAGCAACGCCGCAGCGCCUCUGCAAAAAGAGUGCAGUCCGUUCCAAAAGAACCCGUUCAGGGUGCCUUGUAAAAUGAGUAACAAAGCGCGCCAGUGCCGAUCAGCGGCAAGUCUCAUUCAGGGCGUCUUUUUCCUCUAUAUAAAAAAGCGCUUUACCCCUUCUUCCAAUCAUGGGGUACUAUGUGGGCUAAGUUGACCAAACGGUACCUUUUUGGACUCGGGGAAUCCCAUUUAUCGGACAUUCGAUUCCUAUGGAGCGAUUCAAAGCUUCUAAAUUCCAAAAUAUCGUGCUACUCGGGUAUCCUAAUGUUUUUACGUUGCCAUACCGCCAAUUACAAUGAACACGAAAAUUCGCGUUGAAUGCCGAAAAAAUACAGCGAACACGCUGAUUUAUUUUCUUCAAAAACUGCAGCGAACACAACGUAAGAAUUUUCAGAGAAAGUCUUGACCCAUCGGAGUGUUUCUUGACCCAAAAUUAGCGCGCUUUUUCACGCCUUUUUCUGAAUUCUGGGAUAUUGUUCGUUGUCGGUCGUUCAAAGUUUUUGGGAAGGACGUUUUACCUUUAGAUUUGCAGGGAAGUGUUUGCUUUUUUUUGUAUCCCAGGUCUUGUAGUGUUAUACCUUUUCUGAAAAAUUUUCCUUCCUUUGCUCCAUUUUCAUUCGUUUCCAUUGCGUUUUUCAGAUGUGAGAAUCUUGAAAAUAACCUUUCUUUAUUUCAGGAUCGAUUCACACGGAUAAAUAUAAAUGAUUUGAUUAGCUUAGGAAAUGGGUUUGGUCAUAACCAUUGUUGCUAUCACUUUAGAGUAAGUUUUAAUUUUUUUACUUAAUUUUUGUACGUUUCCUAAUGAACGGAAGAUGAAAUAUGAUUUCUAUUCUGUUUUCAGAUAGAGCGGGCCGAUUCCCGCUUGCCGUACCCGUUAAUUCGGGCCAAUCUCACCAAAACCCCACGUGAAAUGCGUGGAUUGCAUAUCUACGAAGGCUGUUUCGAACAUCGCGCUGGGGAUCUUAACCACCUAUACGCUUCCGAAAAGCUGCUUCUUACAGCGAACAGGCUAUUUUGUGAAAUGUCGAGGAACGACGAGAAUCUAGCUCCAAGUCAAUGCCCAUUGACCGCUGGUGGUCAUUUUCGGCCGCCUCCAGACCCCGUUACCCCCAUUGGGUUAAUGCCUUCUCAACAAAUGUUAGUGGACGAGUUGGUGAACCAAUUGAUGCAGCAACAUCAAAUUCAACAACAUAUUAUUCCAGCUGUCAACCAAAUGAAUACCGCACAGAUUGCUGUGGUCAGGGAAUACAUCAAAAGUCAACAAUUGAGGCGAUUAUUACUACAAGUACCCCAAUUAGCAAUUGGCGGGCUUGGAAGGAAUUCACCUCUUCUAGCUGGAACCGUUGGAAUGCAAGGUAAGGUUGAAUUUUACGUCUUGAACUUUUCUGUGUUUAGAUUCACACUCUUUACCAAACUUUAACCCGGAGACCCGCAAAAUUCCCAGUUUUACUCCCCCAAGUCAACUGCCAAUGCUAUUUGUUGAUCAGAUAGUACCUGCCGAGACUGCUCAAUCAUUUAUGAAUUCCGCCCCAUACAUGGCCACAGCUUCUACAUCUUCUCAGCCUAUUCUGUCUGAAACACGACUGGAUUCUUCAAACAUUUCGAGUACUAUGGGAGCACAAUAUGUCAGGUCGAGAGAAAACGACGACAGUGAUGAGUCGAGGGUAAUGCCGAAACAUCGAGUGGAUCACGAAGGAAAAGACGACGAUAAUAACAAUGAAGAUGAGAAUUCACACGAAGAAGAGCACCCCGGCCCCUCGAUGACACACGUGAGGUUUUGCUUGACAUGUUUUAUUUGAAUUUCUUGUAAUUUUGACUAUUCUUCCUUUUUAGGAUAACAGAGAACGAAUGAAGGCACCAACUAUAUUGACUUCUGAAUGCCAGAAGCUUCCUCAAGGAUCGGAAACUAACCCGCUGGAUUUGUCUUUCAAUUCCGAAGUUCUUUCGGAGAUCAGCGUGGAUUUGGUAUUUUCUAAAGUAAGCUUGUAUUGUUUCCUUUGAUAUUCUCUUGGUUUUUAGGACAAUUUCUCUGAAAGUCCGGCUAUGCUGUUGUCGCCAUCGUCGUCUUCCGAGCAUGCAUCUUUUGAAUGCUCUUUCUCGAAGCCAGCAUCUGUGUUUCGAAGUCAUCCGAAGGCUUCACAUUCUAUGGAGUACGAAGAAGAUGAAGAGCCUUUAACAAAACCAUCAAUUGAACAAGAACGGCGAAGAAUGAAGAAAUAUAUUACUAACAACUUCUACUUCCAUCUGUACAAAGAAUCUAAAAAGUGGAAAUCGCGUCAAAACAAGGCCGAUUCCGACGAUGAAUGGAUAAGGUACGCUGGAUUGACUGUGGAUAGAUGUACAAAAGACUCUUUGUAUAAAGAAGACGAAAUCAAGAGGGAGGAAGAGGAAUCUGAAGGCGUUAUAAAUCGGCCGAAGCCUUUCAUCGAUGUAAACGAGGGCCAGUACGAGAAGCAACAAGCCCAAGAGUUGAGGAAAAAGCUGUUGGAAGAGAGUGAGUUGAGGAAAACAUAUCCUUCGCUGCAGUACCCGGAUAUUCCGAAUGGUAACUUAUUUUAUCGAAAAAUAUUUUCCUAAUUUUAGUGACUGAUGACGAAGCGGAGACGAAGCUACUAGCAACACUUCUGAUUUCUCUGAAACCCGAUGAUGCCGAUAAUGGGUCGAUCUGCACGACCGAAAUUAGCGAGGAUCAGAUCAGUCUUCUGGGACCCGAGGAGGCUCAACAACGGCCGGCAAUAGAAACAGACGAUUUUUCUACUUGGACGCGAUCAGAAGACUUGAAGUUUAAAAAGAUUGACAAGCAAACAUUUGUUUUCCCCGGAACCAGCAGACAGAUUGCAUCAAAAUACAGAAGGCUCUUCAGAGCUGAGGUGGACUGCACAAGUACAGAAAACAUGCUCAUCCAAAGGAAUCGACUCCGAAAAAAACAUGAAGCAGACCAGCAAAAGAUGGAAGAGCUUAACAAAAAGAAAUACAAGCUAAAAAAGACCCCAGUUUCUACGAGCUCUGCAAGACGAGGCCGGCAACCUGGGAAAAAGGUUUCCGGAGCUGAUGUAAGUUCCUUUUAACGUAUCAAUGUGUUUUUGUUAUGUUAGAGUCUGGUUUACAUUUGCUUUUUAGGCCUCGACUCUUACUCCAUCGACUCCUCUUGCUCCCCCUUCGAGCAGAUCUUACAAACGCCCGUCUUUGACUCAUUCGAAGCCCAAGUUGCUCCAGAAAUCCGUAUCUACUCCGUGUUCGAUCUCACAACCGCAAUCUCAUUUACACUCGAAGACGUCUGUCCCAUCCACAUCUACAGCGAAAUCUUUAGAACCGCAGAAACCGGCAACUGCAUUUCUCAGGGAAGCUCCCGGCGCCGAAUUCAUGAUGAGACCAGCCGUAAUUCUUAACGCAAAGUACAAUGAUGAAGAUGUGGACGUAAACAGGAUUGUGCAGAGCAUUCAAAGUGCUGUCGGCCAACUCGAAUCCACCUCGAAUACACCGCAGGAAAGAGUAAAACGGAAGGUAGGGUUGAUGUUUUUUUAGUUUUGAAUUGACUUUUAGUACACCAAACGAAAACAUAAAGAAUCAAAAUCUGGCUCAGAUGCGGUUCCCAAGAAGCACAAGAAGCGAGGACGUAAGUUGAUGAAUUGUGAUUGAAUAUCGGAAAUUGUUUUAGCCAAGCCUCGGAAGGACUCGCUCAAUAGUAGCGCCAGUUAUUUUGGACGCAAACCGUCGAAGAAACAGAUAGCGGCCGAAACCCAGAAGCGAUUAGAAAUUGAUCUGGGACUGGUCGACGAGAAAGACUUCUUCUCUUCUUCGGACGGGAGCUUUAUUCUUCCGGCAAAUGAGAUUGAAGAACCAUGCGCUCUUCAGGUAGGUUAAAUAUAAAUACGAUGAAGUUCUCUCCCUUUAGGCAUGCCGAAUACACGUCGUUCUCAGAGAAGCCGAACGGAGCGCCAUCGAAUGGGUCCAAUGUGAUGUCUGCGACAAGUGGUUCCACUGUAUAUGCGCUCUUCAAACAAAUCGACCGGUUGGAAAACGAGAAGUCUUUAGAUGCCGUCAAGCAGAUUGCCCUUCGAGCUCCGCUGACUUUGAAGAAGCUGCGUUAUGA